AUGAACACAUGUGGCUGUUCCCAAUGCCGAGCCCUGCGGGGCUCUCUAGACGAGGUCCGGCCUCAACCCGCGACAAUGCCUCGUUAUUAUGUUCCACAGGCUGACCGUGCUAGAACGCCGCCUCGACCCUGCGUUCAAGCAAUCAAUGCACGCAGUAAGUUGGAGUACGAUCGAUGGUGUGAGUUGCGACGAUCGUUCAACAUCAAAAAGCUGAAACGAACCAGAAGUGCGACUGUGGAACGACGAGUACGGUUUCAUAAUACUACGGUGAAGACGUUCUUCGGCGAUCGAACAAAUUCAGAUGGCAUUUUUGGAGAUCGUACGACUUCCGAAGAAGUAUUGAAGGCAAAAGAAGAGAUUGAGCUGCUGAAGGAGGUCGUACCGCGCUACAGAUCCGAGUGUAUACCAGUACUGCCAGCUCAUUCAGGUGAAUUCAAGUGGGUAUGCAACUGUACUAAUACUGGCUCAUGUACCCAUCUACAGACUAGUGCCAAGUCAUCUUGCUCUCAUUUGUGGCCUAGUCCAAGUUCUUCAUUGAAUUCAAGAAGCAGUAUGAAGAUCAGUUUGGAAUCGUACAUUUCCGGGCUGAAUGAUGACAAAAGGUACCGUGGUAUAUCUGAGAGGUUUUUGCAUGGUAAAUUUAGCUCAAAUGUUAAAAGCACCUCAGGUCAAAGUUUAUAUGACACGUCUACUCAGGAUUCGCCAGCUUCAUCUGAUCAGCGUUUUCAAGAUGCUUAUGAAUUUAACAGUAGAUCAGAACAAAAUCUUGAUGUCAAAUCAGAACAUAACCUACAUGGCUUAUCUGGUAGCGGCUUACUUUACGUUUCAGACAAUAAGCUACACUUUGUUUCUUAUGACAACUUACAAGGAAGCUCAAGCUCUUCAUAUAAAUCAUGUUUGGAUGUUCACUCUGCUAAUUCAUCGUCUUCUAGGCCUGUUAAAGUUGGUCAAAGUGGAAAAAAGUUGAAAGAGCCCGAGGGAAUUUACAGUAAAAUAAAGAAGGCUGAAGAUGAAGUUGGUAGAAAGUCAGAUAAAUCAGAAGAAUUCGAAGAUGUCUGGAUUCACCAAGGAAAAUAUGGCAUUGAUGAUUUGUUAGAUGAUCAAUAUGACAAUAAAAAGAGGAUAAUCAGAAGUAAAGAUGAGAAAACCAUUAAAAAAGGAGGUAAAGACGUUCAGCACGGCCUCAAAAUCAGCGAGAUAAAUGUAAAAACUUUUAAAAAAGGUACCAAAACUACACAUAAAGGCGACAAGACUUCCAAGAAAAGUUCAUCGAUGACAAGUUUGAAGAAUAUUAUAUUUGGAAAAAGUUCCAAACGCCCUUUGGCAGUUGAAAAGGUUCGCAGCAGUGUAUUAGCUGAUCAGAUACCUUCAACUAGUUCAACCUUGCCUAGAUUCUUCAUCUACCACACUACUGUUUGUUCAAGUUGUAGCCAAAAAGGUCUGUCAGAAUGUAAUCAUAGUGCUUCGAAGAACUUUCAGACCGAGAUUCUGGAUUCUUCUACGUCUUUAGAGACGGCUACACGGUUGUUUAAGGAUUCUGAAUCGAAUUUGAUUUGGGAUUCUGAAGUUAAUUUGGUUAGGAAUUCUGAAGCCAACUUAAUUCAAGAUUAUGAAGCGAACAAAAAAGUUUUGAAAAUUCAGACGAAAACAGGAUGUGCGACUUUACCUAAAAAUUAUAAGUCAUCGUCAGGAAAGAAUGUCACUUAUGCUCAUCCGAGUUCACUUUCUACCAAAAAAGGCCAUUUUGUUAUUGAAACAACACAUUCACCUGUCUCGACUAUUGAUUACGAUGAAGGUAUGAGUCACUCCAACCUUGUUUCAAGCCAAUUAAUUCAAUCGACAAGUCAAAAUAUGCAAUCAGCAGCUAAAGAUAAGCCGCUGACAAGCCAAAAACCCUCUAAAAAAGCCUCUAGUUCACAAAGUUUAAAUGCCUCGAGUUCUCAGAACUUAAAUGCCUCGAGUUCACAGAGUUUACAUUCCCCUAGCGAAGAUAUAUGGCGACCUCAGACCGAUCUCGGCGCAGUUGUAAAAAAGUAUGAGCUUAAUUCUAGUCACGAUUCCAUUGCUUCAGAAGGCACAUGUCAACGCAAACCCACUAAGAACCCAUUCAUUCGAACUUUGAACAAAAUGCGACAAGGCGUGCGGAACGUCUUCACGAACGAACGGUAAUGUUAUGAUUUUUUGACAUUUUCAAAAAAAUUUUUUUUCUGUAAAGUUUUCUUUUAAUUUUGCAUUUCAGUUAAAUUUACCUAAAAUUUAUGUUUUCUGCCUUGAAAAUGAAAAAAAUUUAAGUAUUUUUUCAUUUUUUUAUUGUGGGUUCUUCAAGCUUUAAAAUUUUAUUUUUAGGUAUUUUUUGAAAUUCGAAAAAUUGAAAAUUUUUUUUUCUAAAUUUAUAUUUUUCAAAAAAAUAAUUUUGUUUUCAGAAAUCCGAAUUAUAAUCAAGGACCAUCAGCGUCAGCGUCACACUAUGAAUACGAAGGACAGCCUUAUCAACAGGUAAAUAUCGUUUAUAUUUUUUAGGCUUGACUUUCUAAUAGGAACGACGUGUGUGUUAUAUGUCGCUUUUUAAGCCUAGGCCGAGAGUCAGGUGUAGUAUCAUAUUAAGCAUAACCUUUUUAUUUUUAAACUCAAAAAUUGAAUUUUAAAAAAUUAUUAGGUUGUUCAACUAACUCUGAGCCCCUAACCCUAAAAAUAUGAUUUGAAACGGGGCACAGGAUUAUUUGAAUAUAUUACGACGACUAAACGUAUGUUACAAUAUCUCAUUAUUUCAGGCCAGACAUCCACCGCCGAACAUGACUCGAUCCAUGAUCCCGGACUACGAAGAGGACGGCGAGUACGCCGAGAUCAAUGUGCGCUCACGUUCCAACGACCGUGAUGAUUCACAUCGAAUUCACCGAAAACGAGAGAGUAGGUUAAGCCUUUAGCACAAACAGCUGUCGCUUGGAGAGAGUAUAAUAUUACCUUGAAACUUGUAUUGGCAAGAUUAAUCGUUGUUUUUGAACUGGUUCUAAACAUUAUAAGCAAUGGGGGGGGAUCGGAGAGGGGAAACUAUCAUUUAUGAAGGUAAUGAAGAAAAAAGUUAGUUUUUUUGAAUAUAAAAAAAAAAGAUAUUGUUUUAGAGAUAAAAGAUUAGAGAAUAACAUGAAAUUAAAAAAUUUUAAAUUUGUAAAAAAAUUCAAAAUAUAUUUAAAAUUUUUUAAAUUAAAAAAAAAUUUUUAGUGAGUGCCCCAAUUUCACCAAAGACAGUGAAAUUCACCGACCAGCCGGGCUCAUCUCACCAUUUGGCUCAAAAUCAAGCUAGCGCCUUCCAACCUUUGGCUACCCAACGCCCUCAAAGAAUACAAGCUGCCCCUUUACCACCUCCACAGCGGAUUGGCCUACUACAACAACAAAUUGGGCCAAGCAACACGAAAAGACGUGACUCAUCUGACAAAGGCUACCCACAGACACCUAGUAGACAGAGCUCACAAAGUCAGAUUCCAAGUAGACAAAGCUCUCAAAGCCAGAUUUCUAGGCCGGGUCAUGGCGUAUUGGGACAGUCUGGUCAUGGUGGACAAGGACAAGUACAACAAGGACCACAUUCUGGCCAGAUUCAGCAUGCACAGUAUCCAUCACAAGGUCAAGCUCAGCAUGGUCAAUAUCCUUCCCAAGUACCUCAAGCUCGAAGUCAGCCGUAUCAGCAGCAAAGUCAAGGUCAAUAUCCUUCCCAUCAACAACCUUCAGUACCACAACAUCAGCGUGGAAUCCCAACCCAACAAGUUCAAUCACAACAACAAAGACAACAAGUUGCGCAACAUCCACAGCAACUUCAGCAACGUGGUCCGUUACAACAACAGGUUCUACAAUCUCUUCAACAAGGUCAUCCACGUCAAGAACCUGUUCAAAACGUGACCUACCGACCUCAGCCAACUUACGCCAAGCCCGACAAGUACAGAUUCCAGCCGAUUCAAACGAACCAGCCGCUUCAAAAUGAUUCUGUUCUGCCGUCGCCAGCACAAUCGAACAGAAUCUCGGCCGGAACGUUGGACGAAGCGACGAUGGACUUGUUGAGGAUAUCUGAUGCUCCAAGCACUGUAUCCUUCAGUUCCACGGCUAGGUUAUCUCCCAAUUCUGAUAUCUUGCAAAAAUCAGCUUCGACUAGUUCUAUGCACAAGGUCGUCAGAACUCCGGUGGGUUUUUUACGUUUGAUGGUUUUAGGAGGGGGGGGGGGUGAAAAAAAAUUUAAUUUCGAAGCUUCUUAAUUUAAAAUUUUUUCGACUUUUAAAAAUUUUAAGUUUUUUUUUAAAAAUAUGUUUUUUGUAAAGCUCGAGCCAGAGCCAAUUGCACUGGCGACGUCAAUUUUCAAACAUUUUUUAAAAAUCUGAAAUUUUUAUCAUGAAGGUUUUAGACAGUGCUGAGUACAAAAAUACAACUAUUUUUAUUUUUGGUUGCUGUAUUGUGGAGUACUGUAAGAAUAGGGAUCCGUUUUUUUAUUAUUGUUGGGUUACUGUAAUUACGACACAAGAUACGAAUUUUUACUACGGUAAAAUUAUACAUGGAACUUUGACUCUAACAUAAGAAAUACUGUAUUGUGGUCGUACUACACGAUAGUGAAGACGCCAUGUCUCUACAACUAUUCGUUAUGGAGAUAUAAAUUCUUCCGUAACCUUACAGUACUCCACAAUACAGCAACCAAAAAUAAAAAUAGUUGUAUUUUUGUACUCAGCACUGUCUAAAACCUUCAUGAUAAAAAUUUCAGAUUUUUAAAAAAUGUUUGAAAAUUGACGUCUCCAGUGGGAUCACGAUUUAUAAAAAACGUGUUUUAAAUUUAAACAAAUUUUAAUAAUUCCAGGACGGCGGAGUAAUGAAGAUCUCGAAUGCCUUUACUUGGGACGCCAACCGUAACCCGUCAAUCGACUCCACUCAACACGACACUACCAAGCGUACCACCAAAGAUGGUACUUCUGACAUUCGUCGAUCUCAAGCCCCAUCUCCACCAACUGCCAGAACGCACGAAACUGAAUUUUCAGCUCACGUCAAGUUCCCUCCAGUUAUCAAGACGACAGUAGAAGGUCAACUCAAAAUGGAAAAGUCGGUUGGUACUCAUUUAAGAACCGUGGACCACUCGAUUGCUCGUGCCUACACCAUCAGAGACACGACUACACAUUACAAGAUCAAGACUCGCCUCGGGCGGCGUGAGCUGAUUCUGGAGGAACAAGGCAAUGUUACAGUAGACGACUCGAAGGACGUGAGAAGUGGUGGUCAUUACAAACUGUCAGUGUUUGAGGAUGGGAAGCAAGUCGGAGAACAUGAAGCCGACAUCAAUGUGCCUGACAAUAUGGUGAGUAUUUUUGAGUAUUGGAUUGGAUAUUAUAGUAGACAUAGAAGUUUGCCAGUAAACGACGGAACAAACACUUUAACAUUUUUCAAUUUCGAACCGAAAACUAACUUAAUAUUAACUGUUUUACUGUGAAAAAAGAUAUUUUCAUAGAUUGACUAACAGCUUGCGGUACUAAUGAGCACUAUUUUCGAAUUUUAAAAGCCUAAAAUUUAUUUUUUAAUUUGUAAUUUAAAAAAAAAUUUUUAAUUUUAAAUUUUAAAAUCUAAUUCUUUUAACUUUUGAGUGCUUUUCAAGUUACUAUACUACAACUAAAAUACUAAUAUUAAUCUACGAAUUACUAAUAACCGGAUUAAUCAUUUGAUUAUAUCACGGUAAGUUUUACUUCUACAUUCGUUUUACAUCACUUUAUAUUGCACUUGGCACUUUUUUCUUUCACUUACAGUUCCGUCUUACUAUUGGCAAUCAGGGUGAUAUAGUAAGUAGGCAUUAGUUGCUAGUGAUAGUUAGGAUAUUGAGAGUUUUUUAAAACGGGUAUAGUUUACUAUAGUAAAAGGUAUGGGUUACUAUUGUAAGAAUAUGUAUUACUAUAGGAAAUUAAUGGGAUAUAUGAUAGGUAGGCAUUGAGUUACAUUGAGAAUUAGGAUAGUUACUACUACUGACAAUUAUGGUACUAUUUACCGAGUUAUUGCGCUAGCUUUGUAUUAGUUAUUAACGUAUAUAGGUUAAGCACUAGUUACUUUUAGCUAUCAUAAUAUCGCAUCUCUUUACAAACUGUAUUCUCAUGUCUUUUUUAGGCCAAACCCGACUUCUUGGGUAAGCUGAGCGAGCGUCUUCUGGCCGACAUUGCUUCGAUCGACGGCGACGAGAUUCUCGCUUCAACUCGUGUUGAGAUCGUCAAGAUUGAGGACGUAACAGAUAUAGUCAAGACAUAUCUAAUAGGCCACGGAGACCUGGAUGAAGACGUUUCCGAGCCAAUUGAAGCCAUAGAACCGCUAGAAAAGCAGGAUAUAAACCUUGUGACCGAGGGCAGAGCCAUCGAUGACACUAUUAAUAUUGGUCUGAAGCCGAAGAGAACAGAAUCCGACACGGAAAGUGUGGAUUCGAUCAAGCUCAAGAAGAAGUACGAGCCGGAAGUCACGGCCGACUGUGAUUUGCAUCGUACUGAAGACAGAUCCUCGAUCAAGAUCAUCUUCGCUGAAGCCAGACUAGCCGAACUGGUUUUGAUGAUCAGAAUCCAACGAAUCAAACCGAAGCCGAAACCGUUGGAGAAGGCCAACUACGGCCUGGAGAAGGAAGGCCAAGAGUUCAAGGGCGAGACCAUCAUUCGUCAGCUGAAGUCAUAUCCCAGCGACGAGGAGCCAGAGUCCCCCAAAGAGCCUCUGCCAAGCUCGUACGAACUAGUCCAGCCGGGCCAACUUCUCGAAGGCAACGCCGCCGUGGCUAGAGAACGGAAAUUCUCGGAGGCCGAAAGCGAAGUCAGCACGAUACAAGUCGAGCACGAACCCCCACCAGCUGCUUAUGACUUCGAGACGGCUGGAAGAAGGCUUGAGGGACAUUCCGUCUUCAGAAAACAAAAACGGUAUUCUGAAGCCUCGAUCGACGAAGUAUCGUUGCCUGGCGUCAGACAACGUGGCGGAAUCACGUAUGUGACAAUGAUCAAGAAAGAAGAUCACGGUCGCUUCGAACUGAUCAUGGAAUGUCCAAACGAAGCCACACCUUCGACCAUCAAGGUCAAAGAGAUUCCGGACCAACGUUACGAGAAUCUGGAGUACAUGAAGGUGAUUGAACGGCUGGGCGACAAUCAAGAAUACAUUGAGAAGAUCCUCAAGACGGCCAACAGUUGGAAGGGUGCGUUGAACGUGAACGAGAUGAACAUCGAGAACACCACAGUCAUGUUUGGCCUCGAAGGGGCUCAACGUAGCACAGACUCCACGGAGAUUACGCGAGCGUUCGGUCACUCGGCCGGCUAUUCCUUCAACACUCACGAGAUAUCGACCGAAACCUUCAACCAACAAAUCUGCAUGGAACGGCGCGAAACCCAUCUUCAGUUCGCGGACGCCGGCUCCAGCAUCAGCGACCGUCGCACGACCAGUGUGGCACAGAACGUGAUGGAGUUCACGGUGGAGAACGAGCACUGUUCCGUGAUGAUGGAGAACCGUGCGGCGGUGCAGGAACAAGUCCAGAAGGGAUGGGCGGACGAAGUGAGAGGUAGGUGGUCCAGUUGUUCUUCUCACGCUAUGCGUGCCUCGUACUCGGCCGCUCAGUCAAAUGGUACUGUGGCCGGCUUUCGGGCCGUCCAACAGCACCAAAUGCUGGGCGUCGACAGUCAGUCCGGUCGUCAGCGUACUAUUGUGCACGAACGGCUGGACGAGGGCAGUACGGCACGUGUGUGGCAUGCAGUGGCACCUUCUGAAUCUGUCGCUAAGCACUUUCUGUCUACCAGCACGACCUCUUCUUCUGCACCUGCACCGCCAGGCCAUUCUCUUUUUGAUGCGCACGCCUCCCGUUCCCUUUUUGUCCCCAAUCUGAAGACGCUUUUGCCUCCACACGCCGCCGCUCAGACCGUUCGCUCCGACGUGCCGUCCGCAGCCUCGACGCUGAAGGUGCAUAUCGAGGAGAAGGACGAUCAACAGACUCAAGUUCAACAAGUUAUUCAACCCAACUCGUCGCUGAAUCAGCAGAAUUCAUCGAUGAAUUCUUCGUUCAGUCAACAGAAUUCAACAGUGAAUCAGAAUUCAUCGAUGAAUCAACAAAACUCAUUGAUGAGUUUAUCGACGAAUCAACAAAAUUCAACUUUAAACCAGCUGUCACGAGAAAACCAAUUUUCUCGAAUCAUCAACGGUCAUACUCGCCAUUCAUCGUUGAAUCGAGCCAACGGUCGACCCUUGUCGUUCCACAACGAGUACGUUACUGUUGAUGCGAACGGCCGAAGAAGACAUGUUAUGGAAUCAGGCUCAGAAUCCUUUUCGACCUGUUCAUGGGGCUCUACAGGAUCAGCAUCGACCAGAACAAGUUCAGAAGUCCGUGAAACUCAAAGCGGUUCAUCGAGUUCGAGUGGCUUCGUGGACAGUCCAAAGUUUGAUGUGCCAGUCAACAGAAUGGCACCUUUUAGUGGGCCUGUCGGUCCUAUUUUUAAUGGAACCGUAGGAAAUGCUGGCUUCAAUGGACCACUUGGCAAUCCUGCUUUUAAUCGACCGGUUGGAAUACCAACCAUUCCAAUCAUCCCGCCAGGCCAAGGCGCUCAAGCAGCUCAACAGUUUAUGGAACAAAUGAGAAGAUUUCAACCGCCUGGGGCAAUGUUCAACUCACCCAACCGAAUCUUUGUUUGUACUACUGAUACCGUGCCGGAAGAGAAGGUACGACAAGUCCCAAUUGGUCGACAAAACUCGGAAGGGCCGUUCCGAGGCAGAAGUCGAUCAAGAACGCCGUGGAACGAUCGAGAAUCUUCAGUGUUCUCAUCCAGAGCUCGAGAAUCUUCAGUUUUAUCGUCACGAGCUCGAGAAUCUUCUGUAGUCUCUACCGUAACUGAAUCCGUUAAAGAGACCGUCACCGAAACUCGUGGCACGGAACGACGAAGAAGUGUGGUCUCGAUGGUCAGUGUGGUCUCCAAUGACUCGUCUAAUAUUCACCAUGAAGUUACUAACCACCAAACUACCCUUUAUAACCAGUUAAUGGCCAAAGCGGCAGCGAUGCAGCAAGAAUGCCACCGGCUGUUCUCGCUAGCGAAAAACAUUGAGCGCCAGUCCAGCUGGCAUCGCAGUACGUCAGUCGACCGAUUCGGAAGGGGUCCCUCGCGUUCCAUACCUGUACAUAUUGUUUCAGGCAGAGAACAUCGUGCCGCUUCGGUCGCUGGCGUCGGCACGUUGUACGAGAGAGAGAACGUUAGGUUACGGAGUAGUGUGUCAUAUGACACGAGGAGUAGUAUGUCACGUGACGUGCCGAUCAAUUUGAACAGACGCCCCAUCCAGAUUCCAGUUCAUUUGCUGGGAUCGGGAGCACAGACUGAGCAACGUUCUCAUCAUUAUCAGUCAUCGUUCCAACGUUCGCAGUCUGUCACGGCCCCUUCAACCCACUACAGUACCGUGAUCAAGUCGGCUACACAAGGAAAUUUGAAUAAUUUGGUUGGGUCAAAUUAUUCAUCGACAGAAAACGUACGGGAAUACGGUAACCAAAAUGAAUACGGUACCCAAAGUGAGUACGGUGCUAGAAGCGAAUACAGUACGCGAAAUGAAUACGGUACCCAAAGUGAUUACGGUAUUUACAGUGGAAAUACCGAGUCCGAAAAGGUUAAAGAACAAAGUAACGUUAAUGUUCAUUCUACCGUGCCCAGAGCUGCUUCAGAAUCUACCGUUGAGAAGGAGACCGUCAAUAUUACACAGAACAUUUCUGGUGGUUUACCUACUCAAAGCAACGUUAAUGACUUCUCAAAUGUCAAGGUUUAUCAAAAUGGUACUAGUCUGGGACAAAACAUACCAUCAUCAAGCUACAAUGAGCAUGAGAAGGAGAAUAUCAACCAGUCGUAUCAACAAUUGGCUACUCAACAUACCGCUUCUGUAGUUGAACGAGAAAUGGUGAAUGACAGUACGAAUGUUCAUCAGUCUUCAGUACCAGUCAACACAGUACCAAAGGCUUCUGUCGAAAGAGAAACUUAUUCUGAAACUCAACAGACUUCUGGAGUGUACGGUAACGUUCCUAGUGGUACUGUAACACAACAAGGAGGUGUCUACCAACAGCAAAGUAACUUUGGUCAACAACAAUUUGGUACUGUUGGUACACAAGGAUAUGGAAAUGGAGAAAAUGUUUACGAGAAAGAAACCGUGAAUCAACAGAGUACUGUAACAUCAAAUCAAGGUGGUAUUGGUCAACAGAAUGUACCGCAAACUGUUGUUAUUGUCGGCCAAUCUACACAGCCACAGACAACAUACGAAAAUGAGACUUACCAACAAGAGAGUCAUACGUCUGGUGGUACUGCUCAACUCGUAGGUAGUACUGCUGGUACUCUUGUUGGUACUGCUGGUACAAAUGCUAUACAAGAAGUUGAGAAAGAAAACGUACAACAAACCCAAAACGUUGCCCAAACGGUCCCAGUUGUACCAGGUGUACAAGUUGUCGAAAAAGAAACCGAAAAUAUCCAAGAACAAAGUCACGGUACCUACCGGCCGGCUACUGCUGCUACUGAAUCCCUUCAAGAAGCUACAGUUGAUCAAAGUUCUUAUCAGCAAACAUUUACUGAUCAAGGAGUAUAUCAACCAACAACUGUAGCUGACGCGUUUGAAAAGGCUGUAGAACAAAUCAGAUCUCAAGAAUUUGCUACGACUCACAAGAAUCCCAUCGUUCUUCAGACUGACCAACCGAAACUGGCUGUUUAUCAACAACAACAACAUAAACUUGAUACGGUAGUCAGUGAACGAGAAACAGAACAUGUACAACAACAUGUAACAUCGCAAAUUGCUGAUACUCAACCAGUAGCAACUCACGAUGCUGGUAAACUUCCAGUAGGAGCUCAUGAAACUGAUAAACAAAGAGUAGAAGUCUCUGAACAACAAGCUUCCGGGCUAGAUAUUCCUCAGAAUCUCCAACGUACUGUGUCUCAAGAAUCUGUCGCCGUUCAGCUAUCUGAAUUCGCAACGAGUGAACACGAAGCGGCUCCAGAAGUUGAGGAGAAGAUAUUCAGAAAAUCAAGAAGUAAAUCGAAGACUCCACUCACGGUGUCGAUGGAAGCCGAAGUCACAGCGAAUACCCAAUUCAGAAGCAUCAAGAAGGUGGCGGCUGAAGUCGAGCUGAACCUGGAAGAUGAAGAGAAGGCGAUGAAUAGUGUACGGAAGGUUACGGACUGGCUACAGCACAAGUCUAUCGAUGAGACGCCAGAAGAAGCCUUCGAACAUGUUCAAGAUAUCGAAACGGAUUCAGCUCAGAUGACGAUCAGUAUCGACGAUGCUCAAGCAUUGUACGAUCGUACUCAAUCUGAACGGCGCUUCCAAGAGCUACAACAGCUACCAGAAGGCCCAGAAUCCUUUGAAUUCACAACUCACGAUGUGGAUAUGAAGAGAUUCGAACAAGCCAAUCUGGCUUCACUUACCGUGGAGAACGUACGCAACGUAGACAGUACGAAACAAUCAAUGGGAGCAGCUGAAUUCAGUGCUACAGACGCGGAAACCUCUAUUCAACAUCCAGAAACUUCUGGUGAUGCCAACGUAGCACUUCCUGACCGUUCCCAACCCGUAGCUGUGUCGUCAAGCGGUCUUGUAGCCGUCUACCCUGAAGUUGUACCAGCACCAGCUGCUCCAGGCCAACUUUAUACCAUUGAUGAACAUGCUGUUGUAGCACCAGGGCCUUCUGAUGCUUACACAACGAAAGAAGUUAAAGGUACUCAACGAUCGGAUUCUGGAUUCAGAGAAAGCACGGUAAUCUCAAAGCAAUCAGAUGAAGUGCCAGCACCACGAAGACCGACCCGAAUCAGCGAAAGUCCUACAGAAUUCUCGUUCGCGGAUUCUCUGAAUCUCGAAUCCAGAAGGGCACAGUCAGAAUAUAUCGACCGACGUGAGAGUGUUGAUGAAAGUCUUGUCACGACAUCUGGAGUAGUAUACCCUUCGAUUGAAGCCACCGACCUUCAAGAGGAAUACUCCACCGACACGGAACAAGACGUCGACACCCUACUGACUACGGUAAACCUGAAUAAGAUUGGCGAUCAUUGCUACGACUACACAGAAUCCGACUUUUCGAUUCCUGUAGAAUAUAAGGGCUUUGAGAGCAUCAAAGCGGCCGAAUCUAAGGAAAUUGGCCGUGGAUUGACAUUGGAAAGCAACAUGACGGAUUCUGCCAUCAGCGUAGAGACCUUGACUACAAUGUCGAGAGAUGAAAGUCUACAAUUAUCGACCAGUCACGCCAAGAAUGACGAGCUACAGUACCAAACCUCGUUCAAACAGGCUGAUGCUAAAGCUAAUGCAGCGUCACUUCAGCGUGACAAGUCUACAGAAGCCAUAAACAAAGCUGUAGCGGAAAGUCAAGAGACUUCAGUGUUCUUGGAUCACGAUGGUGAACUUCUGGAAGCCAAACAACAGGCAGAAGCUGUUUGUAAGAAUGAUAAGCGUGAAGAAAGGAACAAACUGAACACAAAGUCGGCUACAGAAGAGAAUGUAACCGAGAAUAUUAACGCUCAACACACACCGUUCCCAGAAACAGUUGAGAACGUUCAUCGUGAACGUCGAAGUGCUUCGGAACAACGAUCGUUUUCUGUAGCUCCUGACCAAGUUACUGAAACAACGUUGAACAAAGAUCAAGCUGAAGGCUCUUGUGACGUUACAAAACAAGAUUCUUAUCGUGAACAGUCUGUAGGAAGAUUCAAUGAGUAUUCUGAAGUCAGCGUGACUACAGGAGCGAAUCUUGAAAAUAUUCGAAAAACUCCUAUUGCCAGACUUGCUGACGUUGAAUGGAAACAUCAGGAGGCUCAGAAGACUGAACUGAAGACUCAACAUGCUACAGAUGAAGUUCAUGAACGAUCAACUCAAUUAUCACGGUCUUCUGAGGCUACUGAACGUGUUGACAUGACAAAGACGGACAAAUCAACAGAAAGAGUCCAAUUGUCUUCUCAACAAUCGACCGAGAACUCGCUUGACUACCAAACCAGUCUAAAAGUAGCUGGAGAGAAAGCGAAUACAGAAGGCAGGCUACGCUCUCCCAGUCAAGAACGUGCUGACAUUACUUGUACGGAAAGCCAAGAAGCGGCUGUGAAUUUGUAUGAAACAAUUGAAGUUGUGGAUGCUGUAGGUCAUGCUGAUGCUGCAAUAGGCUUAGAACAACGCAAAAGUAAUCAACUGUACUACAAACCUGCUACCGUGGCUCCGGAUGUGCACGCUGCAGACACCAUGCACGUCGGCGGAACCGAAGAGACGGCGGAACGUGUGGAGGAGGCGCUGGCCUUAAACGAAGCAGCUUUAGAUAACGCGACUAACAGAACUACCGUGUCUGACCGUUUGUCCGCCCAAACUUGUGUCUCUUCAGAAGAAAACAGAAUCCACGAAAACUACACUCAACUACAACAAGAUCGGUCAAGAACUGAAGUUGAGGAAGAAAACUUCAACAUGACAUCUACUGGAGGUUAUGUAGAUGAUGGCCGGUCUAAGACGACAGAAGAGAAGGAAACAUACGAGUAUAAUGAGAACGUAUCUGGAGGUGCACCAGGUGCCAGAACUGUGAUUGAAAAUGAGAAUUAUAAUCAAAACGAUGUGAUCACUGUCUAUGACAAGAAACCUGGCAGUAAAACGACAAUCGAAACAGAAACCUACGAGUAUAAUGAGGGAGGCGAGCUGAUACCAGUAGCACCAAAAACGAAAACUGAAGUCACAACGGAGAGAGUUGAGAUUAACGAACAAGGUGGUGUACCUGUGGUACCAGUUGCUGCACCAAAAACAACGAUCGAUGAAGAGGUUGUUAAGUACGAAGAAACUGUUACCAAAGUGCCAGAGCAAGCUGUGAUACCAGAAGUACCAAAAGUAGAGCCUGUUCAACCAAUUCAACAUCUGGAAGAAGUACCAGUCUUAGAAGAAGCCAAGUUGGUUGAAGCCAUAAAACCUGAUGAGCUAGUCCAAGUUCAAUUUAGAAUUCAGCCGAAAGAGAAAACAGAAGAAGCUACAGUACAACUGAAAGAUGUAGUCGGCGAGAAGGCUACACAAGGUUACAGUCACGAUAAGAAAGAAUCCGUCACGGAGUUGAAGCAAAAAGAAGCUGACGAAGCUGUCUCAGCCGUCAGACCUGAAGCUACAGUAACCACACAGUUGGGUACGUUCGUAGUACCCUCGGAGAAGAAUCUGAACGAACAAGUGACCUUGUACAAGACGGCUUCGGCCGAAAAACUGGACAAAAAGUUGCCAGAAGUCAGUAGAAUGGAAGGGUUGGCUAACCUGGCAGCUUCAAAAGAAGAGGAUGCUCAAAUCAGCACGAACAUCGAUAAGGCUCCGUACGAAGAGAUGACUGAUAUGACAAGAUCAGUAUACAUAAAGGAAGAUGCUGGACUGAACUCAAAAGCUGCCGGAUUCGAAGAGAAUUGGCUGACAUCGUCGAUCGAUCAAGAAGAUGAAACAGAAGCCGCUCAGAAGCAAUUCAAGGAUAUCAACGAAGAGAAGGUUGAUAAGAAGGCAAAGCCGGCUGGCAACGAACAAGUCGGCUACAUUUAUCAAACCAAAAUCAUUGAUAAAGAGGAAAUGGCAGACAAAGCCGUGCCAGUCCACCAAGAAUCUUCGUCUGCUUUGAACGCCAAGGCUGUAGAGGAGAAUGCUACACAAAUCAGCCCAGAAUUCGGCCGACAAGAAUCGGAAGACAAAGCCUACGUUCAUCCUGUAAAGCCCGAAGAUUCAGAAGCCAGAAACUUUAAAAUUCAAGAAGAUCAAGCAGCUCAGAAUCUUGUCAAACCUGAUCAGUCUGAAGCCACAACUUCUUUGCGGCCGAUCCCUACGAAGGAAGAGCUUCAAGCAUCGUUCAAACAGUACGGUGAUGCUCAAAAGAUACUCACUACUAGUUUCACCAAAAUUCUACAGAAUCCGGACUGGACCCUCGACGAUGUUACCCUGAAGUUCAAUGAGUAUUUAACUCAUAUAUUCAACACACCAGCUUCUACAGACGAAAUGAAGGAUUCGGAGGUAGCGUUGUCAGCUACUGAACAAGAUGCUUUGGCCAAUAUUCUGAGACUUAUUGCUAAUGAAGAUAACAUUACGUUUGCCACGAAAGCAGCAUCAGAAAUCGCGGCAGCGUUAAACUCAGCGUUGACUGCAAAACCGUCAGAUAGAUCGACCGGAAUUAACCUUCAGUCCGACCGAAAAGAAGAACUGGAGAAGAAAGUGAGGGAAAUGGUCGAAAACGUGGCCAACCUCAGUCAGAACUACAAGCUGGUCGAUCAAGAAAGCCUGAUUCAGAUCCUACUGGCUGACGCUCCGUGGACCAAACACGGCCUUCAAGCUAAUGCUGCGACUCUUGAAGAAGCCAACAUUUCUACCGAAAUAAAUCAACCGGUCGAUGAAGGGAAGGCCGAAAAAGCACGACCAAUUGUGAACGAAGCACAAGCACCUAACCUCAACCUGAGUGACGCCCUAAUCAAUGCGGAUUCACAUUUACUUCAAAUUUCAGACAACCAAAUCGCUGAAAAAACAAAUCCUGAACAACGAACUUCUACCGGAGAGUUAGUGACUCCAGAAUCCGGUCACGAUGAGACAUCUUUAACCGCCGAAUGGCUAAAAAUCUCGAAAGAUCGACAGCAACGUGCCGAGACCGCCUUCUCGGACAAGAGUGAUACGGAAGAGGUGGAGAUAAGACUUGAAGAACCUCAUGAAGCGUUGGGUGUGGGUCGGAAGUUCACGAAAGAGCUGCAGCGGUCUGAGUCUGGCACCAUAAUGCCUGCCCAAGAUGAAGCUAAAGUGUCGUUGAGUUUAGAAGCCAGUCAGGAGAAGGAAGACAAGCGGCGGAGACGAGAAGAGAUCAUUGAGGAUCUCGAGACCUUGUCGCAAACCGAAAUGAAGGGCCGGAAGCCGUCACGAAGAACUGAAAUCAUCACUGAAACCUUUGAUCAAAGCUCAGAAUCGAACGCUUUGAAGAGGAGAGACGGUCGAUCAGUAGCUCUGACUAGAGAAGAUGGUCAGCCUGGUGAUCAACUUGGUUGGGGAUACAAUAUCAUUGUUGAGUACCCAGGAAGAAGAAAGGUCAUCGAAGAAACUUGGGAAGAAUGGAUGACUGAAGAAGAACGACGUGAAGCCGAACGAAAGAGACGUCAGAUCAUCGAGGAAGAAGAGAUCAUUAACCGAACUGACAGUUCCUCUCAACUGCCAACUCAAAAAGGCCGUAAAAUUAUAGAAGAAGAAACCACGGAGCAGAUUGACGAAUCUGGAUUUACUGGAGCUGCCCCAGGGAAGAAACGCACGAUCGUCGAGGAAACAGAUGAAGUCGAAACCCACGAUGUUGAUGAAACUGCUGCUACGGUGAAAGUUAGCCCAGUAGAACAACAAAUCGAGUCAGCCAAGGUUGUGACUGUCCCCAACGUCAUGCCAGUCCAGGCAUUCCAAGCAGUUCACCCGAGUGAUCAGACCGUGAAGCUCACCGUGGACAUGUUUGGUAAGACUGAAAAGCCUGUAGAAGCAGCUACAGUAAGACGAGUGAGCAAUGUCAGCGAACUGACAUCAGCGAUGGAAGCGGCCGAAGAGGACAGUGCCUUGUUGAUCGCUGAUCUCAAAGCCAAAACAAAGUUAAUCGAGGAAGCCGAAAAGAUCCUGGCGGCUUCAAAACAACACGCUCCGUUAAAGCUGGAAACCAACGAAGCUACUGAAGAAAACCUGACUACAAGCAACGUCUGGGAUCGUCCUGAGAAUUCUGAAGCUACAGAAUUGUCACGAAUUAUUCCACGAAGUUUGGAGCCUAUGGUAGCUAAGAUGCCUGAAUCAAAGGAAGAGGCACGUCAAGUUGGCUACGUUUACGAGAAUCAAGAAGUUGUGGAACAGAACGAUGUCACGUUGAAGGACAAAAAUUACGCUGGAAAUCUGAUUCUGAAUUCGAAGUUUGCAUCAGAAGAAACAAAGAACAGUGCCGUUAACCUAAGUCGACAACAACAACUUGAGAACAUUCGGUCGAAGCAGAUCGAGAAGGUCAACGAGAAGCUGAAGCUACAGAUUUUGGAGUCGAUUCACGAAAACACUGCCAUUAAUUCUACCUUCAACACUCAGUCCUUGAUUGAGCAUGUCAUGAAGGCUUUUACCUGUCCAAAUGUCAACGAACCAAUGACAAAACGGCUGUUGGAGAGUACUCACGUCUACGAUACUGUAAACUAUGCUUAUGAACGGAAGAAUGAGAAGAACGAAACCGAGAAGACGAAUCAGAUCCCAGAAGUCGCUCAACCUUUGGUUCUAAACACGAAUGCUUCUGAAGAGUUUGAGUUGGAUGUUACUCGAGAACUGUCUCGUGACAAUCAGUUCAACAACAAUGACAUUCUGUUGAAAUGUGCUAACAAGUUACCCGAAUGUGUGCUUCAUACUAAAGCGUCUACAUCAAGAUACGCCAUGUUGUCUAACAACCUACAACGUGAGUCUGAUCGAGCAACGGCCGACACCAACAUUAUUCUGGCCAACACUCAUCCGUCCGAAGUCAAGAAGACGAAGGAAGCCGGAGAUGAGAAGUCGCUCACUCAGAUCACCAAAAACAACGAAGCCGAGAAUCUGGAGCACGACAAAACGGUCUGGCUGGCGCGGUUCGGCGGUGCCUUCCAACUUAAAACAGACGCUGCCGAAGACAUUGAGCUUAACGUUUCGCGUGAGAUUGAUUCUGAAGCGCCCAAGCACUUAACUCUUAAUCAUAUUGUUAUCACAGGCAACACCGAUGCCACCCAGCUCGAUUCUCUUCAAAGCGGCAGCGACGAACGAUGGCUACAGUGUCAGUUCCAGAAGUCGGAGGAAAGAGAACGAAUUGAUAAGCUCGAGAAGGCCAAACAAGAACAGCAACAUCAUGGUCACUUCUUGGAAAGUGAACAUGAAACCUUGGUUUAUAACACAGAGUUAAGACGACAAGAGGAAAAAGGAGAGAAUUGCUACAAAAAAGUCAUUCCAAAUGAAGGCAACAACGUUUUCCUACUAUCUAAGGCAUCAAAAGAAGAACUGCAAGACAAACAGUUUGAGUUACAAAGUGGUAGACCAUCAGAUCUCAACGAGAAUAUAUUGUUAAAGGCUGUCAGAGAUAUCGAGCCAUCAGUUCUCAACACUCCAGAAGCCACCUUCUACGUCCUCACCUAUUCGCAUGAAUUCAGAAGGCCGGAAGAUAUUGAUCACAUCACAAAGAUUCGUCAGAUUCCAAACGAAACCACGCCUUCUGACCUGAAGUGCAAAGAAUCGACCAAUAUUGUCGAGAUCACCAACUUCAAGUACGACAGGAAGGAAUCGAACGAAGAGAAAGGCCACUUGGUGUACAUCAAACGCUUCGGCGGAGUGUUUACAUUGAACACGGAGUAUGCAAGUGAAGAUACGGCUACAUUCGACCGUCCUCUGAGUCGUGACAAUGAUCUUCGUUCUGAAGUUGCACGGGUAUUCAAAGCAGUCAAUCAAGAUCAACCGAUCGUUUUACAAACAAAACAGUCUACCGAAGUUGAUACUGUACUAGGCUGUUCACUGUUUCACAGUAAUGAAAUUGACAAGCUUAACCACGUGGUAAAGACUGCUAACUACAUUGCCAACAACAUUAAAUGUCGCGAAUCUACUCAAGAAUCCAUGACUACUAACCUGACCUACGAACGAAACGAAGCCGAUGCUAAAACCCUCACAGUCAGAGACGAGGCCAGGUACGGUGGGCGAUUGUCGUACGGUUCGGCCGCGUCGGGCGAAGUAGAGAUUCAGACCACCAACCAACUUGACGCCAACCCCGUGACCGAUCUGAAGGCUCACGACCUUUGCAUUUCCAUUUCGCGCACUUCCGAACCUCUCGUACUAUCAACCCCACAGGCCACACUCGAGCAGUGUGCCAUUUCCAGUACUUACUCUAAACCCGACUCGAGUGACUUCUUGCAUCUGUCGCUUGCCAUUCCACGCUCACCCGACGCUCCGAUGCCUUCGCUCCGUUCCAAGGAAUCGGAGCAACACUUUGAGCACUUUAAUUGCCAAUAUCAACGUGAUCAAGCUAACGCCGAUUUUACAGAGACCCGAUGGAUUCCGCGAGAAGGCGGGCACUUGUCCCACGCUACGAAGGCUUCACAAGAAUCGCAACAUAUGUGUGAAGCCGACCUCACCAACCCAAGACUCACGACCUUGUCAGAAGGCUUGACUAUCGUGAUCAAACGAGAACCAGAUCAACAUCCUCGGCUGGAUUCGAAGGCUUCAGAAAGUCAUGAAGCCAGCAAUACUAGUGUGCUACAAAGAAGUGAAGCCAGAGAAAUCUUCCAGCUCAAACUGGUAGCUCCACGAACUUGGGAUCAGACUCCAAGUGUCAAGGUUACUGAAUCUAAGGAAGUCGAACAUCUUAACAACGUCCAACUCACUCGACCCGAAGCCUAUCAGACCAUCGACCACACCAAGUACGAAGCUCGGUACGGUGGCCAAUUCUCACUUAACACUAACCGUGCCCAAAGCAAGGAAAUCGAAUGCAGUGCAUUCCUACAACGCAUUCCGGCCAUUGACCAGGCCAGUCUGAGCAUCAAGACUCCACGCAACGAGCCACCCGUCCUCAUGAUUGGCAAACACUCACAGUCAGCUGAAGUACUGUUCACGGCCGACAUCUCAUCUCAAAAAGCAUUCCAACUCCAAGCAGCUGUAGCGCUAAAGACCUCCAACGACAAUGAGCCCAUCAAACACAAGGUUACAGAGGCUGGCAAUGUUAACACAACCACAAACAUCUCGCUACAAGCCGGAGGUCAAGCCGAAGAUGAAGUUGAACAUACUCGAGAUAUGCCAGGCUAUGGAGGUUCGUACAACAUUUCUUGCAAGGCAGCUGGCGAAGCCCAAGGCGGUGAUAACAACAUCAACCUGAACCGACCAGAAGCCAAGGAAGAACAGCGAGUUGUGAUCAAGAUUGCUGGUGAAUAUCAGCCCCAGAGACUGGACUUGUUGGCGGCGGCGGACGAGCGGACGGCACUCCAAACCGACCUUAACCGGCCCGCGGCCCACGAAUCGCACAGUUUGAUUGCCGUGGAGAAAAUUCUCGAAAAAGUGUAUUUGCACGCGUACGAAAGCGGCGCCGAACUGGUCGAGCUCACGCAGACCGAGGUUCGGCAGCGUGUGGCCGACCUUCAGGCCGAAGGUGUGCCGGCACGUGCUGCUCGAGAAACCUCACCUAUAUCUCUUCGUACAGAAUACGCUCGUGAGAAUGUGAUUCGUUUGGAUUCGACCCUUCAACCGGCCGAUGACGAUAAGAGGAAGGGAAUGGCUGAGUAUAAUAAUGGAUUGGCAAGGACCGAAGAGCCGUUGGUAUUGAACUGUCAAGCUGUAGAUCAGGUCAAGCUCAGGGUUAAGGAUGCUGAUGAGGAAAAGAAAGAAAAGAGGUAGGAUUCUGAAUCUUUUUGACCUAUAAUAAUGAUAAAAAUGCACUUUAAAAAUUAUUUUUCUAAUUUAAAAUGAUUAUUUUGUUUUUGUUUGAUUUGGUGGAGGUGUGGAACUAAAUUAACUAAAUUUUAAUUAUUACAGAGUCAGUUUCGCAGCGGAUGUUAAGGAUGCGGAUCACAACUUGGGUCUUGAUAUGUCAAUGUCAGUCGAAGAGCGAAACAAGCCUUCAAUUAUUAAAAAACCGAUCAAGAAGGAACGUGAACAUCGUGGUCGACGACGUGAACUUAAAGCUAAUGAAGCUCCUUCUUUGUAGGUUUAAACUUAAAGUUGCUUAUUAUAAGUUUUAAAAGUAGUAUAACUAACUAACUAUAUGUAGUAUAACCUUUUAGAGCUUGUAAUUUUACGUUAGAAACUAGUUUUAGAAAUUUUAGGUAACAAACAUCAGAAAAAUUGGUGUUUUAGUUUAUUUUUUAGGUUAAAAUAGGUAUAAAACUUAGAUAGAUGGUUGGUAACUUCUUUUUCUGUUAAUUCUUAUAUUAAAAAUUCAUAAAAUCUAUUAAAAACAACAUUUUCUAAACUAAUAUUAUCCAUUUCAGCUCCCCAGUCCGUCGCAACUCCUUGCUGAUGGCCCUGAACAUUGGCAGCCCCCACAACAUGCCCCACUUCAAAGUGUUGGAAGAUAUUGUAAAAGCCAUUAAACAGGUAUCUUUCUUAACCUUCUCCCACUUUUUCUCGUCCUUAGUUCUGUGACAUCUUAUCAUAACAUCGACUCACAUAUUACACUUGUUUCAGGCUGGUCUCGAGUACUCGAAUUUGAUUUUUGGUAUCGAUUACACCCGAUCCAAUUACUAUCAAGGAGACCGAACAUACGAUGGUCGAUCUCUGCAUCAUCUGGACGGAGAACCGAAUCCUUAUCAGCAGGUAAUCGAGAUUGUGGGUAAGACUUUGUCCUCAUUCGACGCCGAUGGCGAGAUCCCGGUGUAUGGAUUUGGUGAUGAAGAGUGCACGGACACGGACUGCUUCAAUAUCAUCGACAGAAAUGACAUGGAUGCGACUUGUAAAGGCUUUGAAGGUAAUGGUUUUUAGAAAUUGGCUUAGAAUUUGAGUUUAAAAUGUCAAAGGGUUAAGUUUUUUCAAAAUUCUCCUUUCCAGAAGUCCUCAAAGUCUACAACAAGGUCACGCCGACCGUUGCCAUGUCUGGACCGACCAACUUCGUACCACUAAUUCAAAAAGCGAUGGAGAUUUGUGUGGAAAAGCAUUCGUAUCACAUCUUGGUGAUUGUGGCUGAUGGCCAAGUGACAAACGAGAAGAUUAAUCAACGAGCGAUUGCUGCCGCUUCUCAUUACCCGUUGUCUAUCAUUAUGUAGGUUUUGAUUUUUUUAAUUUAAUUUUUAGGCUUAUCAUGACUAGAACGGUCAAUAAGAAGUCUGUAAAGGAAUACAAAUGAUUUUUCUAUGAACUUUUUGACCAAAAUAUUGAAACUCAAAAAACGGUAUUUUAGAAAAAAAAAUCAAUUGGCUAUAUUAGUUUGUCCAAAUAAUUCUGUGCCCCUCACAAUUUACUUGAUAAAUAUGUCAUUUUAGGGUUGGUGUUGGUGAUGGACCAUGGGAUAUGAUGACUCGUUUCGAUGAAACUCUGCCAAAGCGGCAGUUCGACAACUUCCACUUUGUCGACUUCCACAAGGUAUGUUCAAGUCGUAUUUUAGUAUUUAUUUUUACCAAACUUUUAUGUUUUUAAAACUUUUUGGGAAAGGGUCCUAUCAGGUGAUAACAGUCUGGAAGAAUGGAGGUCAGAAAAAAUUUCUAAAUUUCCUAAACAAGUUUUAUAAUGUUGUUGUAGGUAAUGUUCAACUCGCCGAACCAAGAAGCCGCAUUCGCGUUGAAUGCCCUGAUGGAGAUCCCCGACCAGUAUAAGGCCAUCAAAGAGCUGGGCCUUCUCAAGAAGACACGCCGCGGUUAA